ACCAGCCAGAGAAAGUUCUACUUCAAAGCAACUUGAGAUGGAUCAUUACAGUGCUACUAUUACCCGACCUGCCUGUUACCAAAGAGUGAUACAUACAUACAACAAUUAUAGAUCAAGCUGACAUUGGAGGGCAUUGAGGAGGAGGAAGAUGAAGAGGACGAGGCAAUCAGUCCUUCGUCUUGGCCCAAGAUGACCUCCACUCUGGACAUCAGUAUGAUCAGUGCCAAUGGCUAUAAAUCGCGUCACUCACAGCCUGAGUGUGGGAAUGCACUGGAGCCCUCCCAGUGGACUGAGUACAGUAUCCACACCAUGGACCCAGACAACCUAGAGCUCACCUUUGAGUUCUUUGAGGAGGAUCUGGGUGAGCAUGUGGUCCAGGGAGAUGCUCAUCCCGGACAUGUGGGCACAGCUUGCCUCCUCUCCUCCUCUUUUUUGGAGAGUGGCAAAGACAUCGGAGUGGCCACACUUCCAAUAAUGGGUCGAAAUUUCAGACAGACCAUUGGGAAAGUUAGAGUGGAUUACCUGGUGAUUCGGCCCAUCCAGGGACUGCAGUGUGACAUGAGCUCCUCGUUCACCAAGUACUGGAAGAAAAGGAGCACUCUGGAUGUGGGCCACAGAGGAGCAGGCAGCACACAUGCAGCCAAGCACCACAGAAUCAGGGAGAACACAGUAGCCUCAUUCAAAAGUGCUGCCAAGCAUGGUGCAGCUUAUGUGGAGUUUGAUGUUCACCUCUCCAAGGAUGCUGUUCCUAUUGUAUACCAUGAUCUGACAUGCUGCAUAUCCACCAAGAAGAAAAAUGACAAGACUUCACUGGAGCUCAUUGAGGUGCCAGUCAAAGACUUGACAUUUGAUCAGCUGCAGCUUCUGAAGCUGGCCCAUGUUACUGCAAUGAAAGAAAAUGAUAACAAAGAUUUGCUGGACGAUGAAGACGAAAUUGAUGAGCAUCAGCCAUUCCCAUCACUCUCGCAGAUCUUUCAGGCUAUUCCUGAGCAUGUGGGUUUCAACAUUGAGCUCAAGUGGAUCUGCCAGAUGAAGGACGGGUCAUGGGAUGGCAACUUAUCAUCCUACUUCAACAUGAAUACCUUCCUUGACAUCAUCCUGUCUUGUGUUCUGCAAAAAGGCGGCAAAAGACGCAUCGUCUUCUCCUGCUUCGACCCAGAUAUCUGCACCAUGGUGCGUCACAAGCAGAACAAGUACCCCAUCCUCUUCCUUACUCAGGGAAUUUCAGAAAAGUAUCCUGAACUAAUGGACAUCCGCUGCCAGACCACACAGAUCGCCAUAAGUUUCGCCCAGAGUGAGAAUAUUCUGGGGAUCAGCGCUCACACGGAGGAGCUGCUUAAGAACCUCACCUACAUUGGGGAUGCCCAGUCUAAAGGCCUGGUGGUGUUCAGCUGGGGAGAUGACAACAACGACCACGAGACCCGGAGGACGCUGAGAGAGCAGGGAAUUGAUGGGCUCAUCUAUGAUAGCAUCUGCGAGGACCAAGGAGAGCAGCCAAAUAUCUUCCAAGUAGAGGAGCAACACUCCCUGCAGGAGGUUAUUACAGAGGAGACCCUAAAGAGCUCCACCUGUUCCUGCUACUCCAUUCCCUGCUCCAUGGCUCCCUGCAUUGCCUCCAAGGCCCGUGCUGGCAGUGCUGAGUCCGAUUCUGGCCUCAGCUCCUCAUAAGUACACCUAAACUACCUUUCAAUAGACCUCACUGCUCACACACACUUUAGAGGACCAAGGUGUACUUGCUCAAAGAUAAAAGAUCAGGUUUGUGUAUGUAUUUUAAAAUUUUGCUCACAAUAAUAAAACCUCUUAAAUUAUCUCCACUCCACUCAGUGACAGAUUUUGUCUGCUGUCAUGUAUCUUCACAAAAUGUUUGUUAUAUAUGUUUUCUGAUAAAAUAGGUGGAUGGUUUGCCUAAACAUUAAGGUGAUGCACAUGUUUUUUUCAUCGACCAGUUUUGGGAUCAAAACAGUAUGCACAAAGGUCUUCAUAAAAGUGGAAUUUCACAGUGGAUAUUUAUUUAGCCAAAAUGUUUCAUCUGUUGAUAGUCGAAGUGCUAAAAUUUUCUGCAUAUAUUUUACAGGUGUAAAGGUGUAACAUGUCGGCAAAUUGUAUGUCAAAAUGUUGAUGAUGAUGUAGGAUUAUGCUGUUUUUCUGUUUCUGCUCUUAUGUCUUUUCUGUGCGUGUAGCCAUUACCUUAAGUGUUAAGGAGUAGUAGCUACUGAUUGCUAUUUCAGGUAUGGGAAAUAAUUUGGGAGUGUAUCUGGCACAUCCAUUGCUGGGUCUGGUUUGCAUACUACACUCAGUACAAGAAGAUGUGCAUUUGGAUGACUGUGUGUGUUGCCAUUAAUGAAUGCUCACCUCUUGGUGGAUAGACUACAGCACUUAGAAGAAGCCUACAUGGCUGAUUAAUCUACUCUUGAAUGGAUUGAAAGUACUUGCUCCUCCUUUCUACGCCUUCAAACACCUGCUUAUUGACUUUUAGGGAUUUAUAGCUAUUGCUGUUAUUUAAAUACUGCAUGCAUACUGGAUGUACUGUAUCCUUUGUUCUUUUUAUCAACUUGAUUUGAGGAAAAGCAGAAUGUUUUGUUUAUGACAGUGUACACAUACCACAGCCUUAAAGGGGGAAAUUGUAUGUUUCUUGCUUUUUUGUUUCAAAAUCACCAAUACCUCACUCAUCGUCUAUUAGAAGAGACUUGAGUGCGGAUGUCUGUACAGAAUGAACAAAUACUUCUAUACUACCUAUAAAUCUUAUUCACCUCACAACCCAAUGCUUCUUAUUGCAUGGCAGAUUAUUUUUUGGGACAAAUUAUGCUUGAUAUAUUUUAUCAUUUGAGUAUAAAAAUGUGUUGGAAUGGUGAUGCUGCAUUUUGAACAGAGCAAAACAAAUCCAUUUAUAGUAUACUGUCUGUAUAUCUGUCUUAUUGCACAGUCUCUUCAAACUCAUGAUGGAGUCAUGCAUAGUCUGUAUAUGUAUAUGAAUGAAGUACCAGAGAGAAUAAAAGAAUCUAGUGUGUAAUACUAACUGCCACUUCAGAGCAGAAGAGUGUAAAUGAUAAUGUAAAU